UAUUUGAUCAAUGUUUGCUUCAGUGGUUUUCAUGGGAAAGUUAAUAAGAACUGAUAUAUAACAAAUAAACAUACACAUCAUAUUAUGAAACAGAAUUCAGUUGCUAUAGUAGAAAGUAGAUAAUCAUAUUGAUCUUUUGUUCCAAAACCCAUGGCCAAAUUUUAAGGGUAAUUUAUUUGCUACUUCAAAGAAAAUAAAAAGAAAAACAAGGAGAAGAGUAAAUAAUUAAUAUGACAUUGUUAAAAUGAUUAACGAGUGGGAAACUAAGUGGAUAUAAUUGUAAUCAUCAAUAAUAGGAUAUUCCUAGUUGAAAGUUGAAACUCUCAGCAAGACAAGCAUGGGUCGGCAAAACGACAGUUAGCCAAGCAGGAAACGGCAUUUGAUCGAGUAGCCGAACAAAAAAGGACAAAAAAAGACAUUAUUUUUAUUAUUAUCACAAAGAAGCGAAAAACAGAGGCAAAUCUUGGUGUUUACAGAUGAGAAAAAAUUUGGAUGUUUGUGUUUGUCAGAAUCUGGUUCACAGAUCAUCAGUAUUGCAAUGUCCGCUGUUCAAUUUUGUUUGAUCAUUUCUAUGUUCUCUUCUGUAAGCUCACUAACAGCAAACAGGGAAAUAAACUAAAGAAAAAGGUUAAGGUUUGCUGGUCAACAAGGAAGAUUGUAUCAGAACCCUAAUGAGCAAUGACUGGCCGGGCACUACAAGGUCUCUUAACUUCCACAUAUCUUUAUUAUCAUUAUCAAUGAAUCGUUUCUUCUCUGGUAGAAUGAUUCAAGAACUCUGUCUCCACUUUUUUAUGCACCUAAUUAGCUAAAUAUAUUGGUUUGACGACUACUUUUUUCUGUUGGGGGGUGUUUCAAAAAUGGCUUUUAAGGGAAAUGAAAUCAACUCUAUGAGCUAGAAUGAAGAUUAAGAUUUCCGUAGCUGUCAGAAGUAUAUAUAUAUAGUAUAUAUGUCAUCUGUGAUUGAAGCUUAUGUGCAUGGAUUCCAUGAAUGCAGUGCUCUCUCCACCACCUUCUACUGCACUUGGGCUAAAAAGUCCAUCUCAGGCGCAUACUCCCUUUUUAUAUUUUUUCCUAGGGGCUGCAGUCAUGCUUGCAAUCCUGGUGAUUCUAAUUGUAGUCUUUUGGAAAAUUAUCAAGCCGACCCAAAUGAUGAAGAUGCUAGAAUUACCUAGAAAAGGGGCAGCAUCCAAAGACUUCUUUAGUGGCAACCUUCGAACAAUUAGCUCUUUUGACUUUCAGACAUUGAAGAAAGCUACCAAGAAUUUUCAUCCCAAUAAUCUCCUUGGAAGAGGUGGAUUUGGGUCUGUAUAUCGGGGCAAGCUGAAAGAUGGGAGGUUGGUUGCUAUAAAAAGAUUAUCUCUUGACAAAUCUCAACAAGGGGAAUCAGAGUUUCUUGCAGAGGUUAGGAUGAUCACUAGCAUACAGCACAAGAACCUUGUUCGCCUUCUUGGGUGUUGUUCGGAUGGGCCUCAACGACUACUCGUGUAUGAAUACAUGAAGAACAGGAGCUUGGACCUCAUAAUUUAUGGCAAAAGUGACCAGUUUCUGAAUUGGAGUACAAGAUUUCAGAUCAUCGUAGGCAUAGCUCGGGGCUUACAAUAUCUACAUGAAGAUUCGCAUCAAAGGAUUGUUCAUAGAGAUAUCAAAGCCAGCAACAUUCUUCUUGAUGAGAAGUUCAACCCAAGAAUUGGAGAUUUCGGACUGGCCAGGUUCUUCCCGGAAGACCAGGCUUACCUCAGCACAACAUUUGCUGGAACUCUUGGUUAUACAGCACCAGAAUACGCUAUCAGGGGAGAGCUAUCGGAAAAGGCAGACAUCUAUAGUUUUGGUGUUCUAGUGCUUGAAAUUAUUAGCUGCAGGAAGAACACAGACCUCACUUUGCCAUCAGAAAUGCAAUAUCUUCCUGAAUACGCAUGGAAGCUAUAUGAGCGAUCACAAGUAAUCGAUCUAAUUGAUCCAAGAAUUCGGCAAGAUAGGUUUGUAGAGAAAGACGUGUUGAAAAUAAUCGAUGUGGCAUUUGUAUGCCUUCAGCCUUACGGAGAAUUAAGACCUCCAAUGUCAGAAGUUGUUGCCAUGUUGACAUGCAAGGCUGAAGUGGCUACGAAACCUAUGAAACCGGCCUUCAUUGAACGACGUUACAGGAAGGAAGCAGAGAAUCCAUCUUCUUGGGAUUCCAUAUCUGCCGCUUUACCUUCUCCUCUGCAAAGUGAUUCACCUGGUAUGCCUCCACAACCAAAUUGAAGCCAUUUGGUAUCUUUUAAAUGACACAUACACUCACAUAUGUGCGUUAUUCAAACAGUGAGAUAAUUCAGGUCUCUACUGUUCUGUUUGUUUACUUGGUGAUACAAAUCUGGGGUAGAAAAGUUGUAGGGAUUCAUAAAUAGAGGCUUACUUACCAGUUGCACUUGGGAAUCUUUAUGGUGAUUUUAUAGGCUUAUCUCAAUUUUCAUGAUUCUUGU